UAGAAGGUUAUUCAACAGCACAUUAAAUAUAUCGAUACAAUGUUUACGAGCAACACAGAAGGGCGCGUUCAUGUGUAACACCAAAGGUUAAAUGAAGCUUUUACGGUUGUUCUGCGGCUGCAUACAUCCUAGUAAUUCUAAUGGCUUGCCAAGGGAAAGCCCUUACCCAGGAGAUGACAGGACCAGUACUGAGGCUAAUGGUGGAGCCAAACCAGAGAAUGGAGCAACGGCGCCCAGCCUGUUACUGGCAGCCUGCAAACCAACCAUUGAGCCGUCCACUGACAGCUUUUCGGACACAGCUACGCCACCGCUUAACUUGCCGGCACCUACACGGCUAAAGAGCGUGGAGGUUGAUGACCACCUACAAGAGCAGCUUUCACCCCUUGUCGAAGAUGAAGCAUUGGUUUUAUUUACUAGAGGCGACAUCUCUUGGAGUGCGCAAGGAGCGUCUCGUAGCUCUUGUCCAACAAUGGUGCCUUGCAGCUGCAUGCCUGGCACUAACCAGGCCGCCAGUUUUGGCGGGCAGGUUUCCGGAUUGAGGCAGCCCUCCCAAGCGUCGUCCUCCAGGCAUGUCUGCUCCGUAUCACCAGUGUCGGCCACAAAGUCUCCGAUGCGGCAUGACUUUAUGACACUUCUGCGACAGGCCAGCACCCGUGACAGCAACAGUGGCGCAAAUGCCUGCGACAUGGCUGGAGGCUCCUCAGCAGCAAGUCCUUUAGGAUCGUGCCCGUCGCUCACGCCUCCCCGCCUGUUCGCGCCGGGUCUGAACCCAACUGCGCCGAAAUGGACAACCUCUCAGCCACCCAGUGAGGCUGGCGCCGAGGCAUCCGCGCUCCCUAUUCAACAUCGUCGGCGACGCGCAUCCGCCUUUGCGGCAACUGGCGCAGAUGCCACCUGCCGGGAUGAUGAAGCAGCUGGAGUGCGUUCGGCCGCCAUUGCUGGCAGUGAUGCAGCCGACGUUCCCGGCCCUGCUUGCCUGCCAACCCUGGAAAUGGCGUCGGUUGCGCGCUGCUCCAGCAGCCCUGACAUGGGGCCUGGUGGCGUGCUGGUUGCAAGGCAUUGCGAUGUCCCGGGUAAGAGCGCAGAUGAGCAGCUGCCAUCGGGGGAACGGCAGUCACGGCAGCAGGGACCAGCACUGGUGGUGCAGCAGCAACAGCAGGCGCCGCAGGCGCAAGGUCGCCUGCAACGCCGGCCAUCUGCGUUAAGUACUUUAGGCUCGAGCAGUGGAACAGUUUUACAGGCGGGCGUUAGGAUGGGACCUCAACCCGCGUCCUGUGUCACUGACGGGGGAGCUGUGCCUGGUAGCCGCCCGUGCGAGCUGCGGGCAGGGCAGCUGGCACCCUCACCGCUAGGACCGCGACAGGUGCAGGGGGCUGUGUCUGCCGCAUGCGGCCCGGCGCACGUGCGCGGCGGGAAUGAGAGCGGCAGCCGGAGGGGCCUGGAGACCAGCGGCAGCUACCAGCGUGCCAUGCUGCUGCAGCAGCUACGAGAACAGCAUGAGGUCCAGCAGCAGCAGCAGCAAGGAAGGCAGCUGCAGCAGGCGGCACGGUGCAAUGGAAUGGCUGCAAAGCGUGAAGGGUUUGCGCAAGGUGGCAGCGAGCAUGCUGCCUUGAAUGUCCCACCUGCUGCUGCAGGUGGCGGCUCUGCGGGGCUAUCUGUGUGGACGGAUGCGCAUGGGAUGGGCAUGCAGGAACACCGGACUCUUCGCGGCACGCUUGUGGUGUUUGGGCUGGGGCAGCAGCCGGACGGACGUGCGUUGCAUGCGCAAUCGAACGCGGCCUCGGCUCCGCCAGCGAUUGCACAUGAGGAGAGGCCGCAGCUGGUGUCAGCCACCAACUACAUGCUGCUAAAGAGACAGCGUUCUGACGCGGCAUCGCUUUCUUGCCCACCAUCAGGCCCUCCUGUCGCAGCUGCCUCGACUGCUGCAAUGCCGCCUCGGGGCCCUGGCUCCCCUUCCGCUGCAUGCGGCCCUAAGCCUGAAGUGCACCGGCAGGCUCCCUGCCAGCAUCAAACCUCACCGACCUGCGCCCCGCCAACCACCACCACCCAGGCUCCUGCGGUUCCAAGCGCUCGGUCUGCAGGCGGCCAUGAAAGCGUAGCUGCAUGCUUUGCCGCCGCCAAGGCGCGGCGCCAGAGCUUGAAUGUUCCGCCGGGCCCAUGGGACUUGCUGCUUUCCGGCUCACGGAGCGGCGCAGGUGGCAGCAGCGCAUCCUCACCGAAGCGAGUAACACCCUGGCCGGGAGGUGUGCCCUCCAGCUUUGAGCGCUCCUCAAUCACGAUGCAAAGCCCUUUCCUAAUGCCGUCUAUGCCCCAAUGCAAUUCGGGUGUCGAGGGCCCCAGCACUGUCCCUUCCUCACUCUUGACGGCUGCAUCCUCGUCAGCAACGGCGCAUGCGGGCGGCUUCAACUCCAUUCCACCCAAUGGCAGCGUAUCGGGUCAAGGUCCGCGACUCUGCAGCGUCAUGGCUUCAAGUUCGCUGCGCGGGGGCCAUCUGGGCAGCCGCGGCUCUACCGGUUGCUUGCAACGCGGCAGUGUGGCCAGUGUUGCGGCGACGACGGAUAGCGCUACAACCCUCACGUCUCGUCAAUGUAGCAAUGUUGGCGGCGGCGGCGGCGGCGGCAGCAGCAGCACCCAAUACCGCGGCGUUGCAGCCUCGGACAUCGUUUUGGCGUCCGAGACCAGCCUUACCGCGAUAGCCCUGCUGCGGUCAGCAGCCUCGGCAGCCGCUGAACUGGACGUAGACGUUGCUCCGCAGCAGCAGCAGCACAACGUGCAGGCAACAAACCGGCUGCAACCACCCCUGAGCGGGGGCGGCGCCGUCGUGGCUUCAACGGUUCGUGCCAAGGGUCUCUCGGUCGACCUGCCCCUGGCUACCGCUUCGGAAGGCGGGGGCACUGGCAGCCCCACAUGGUGGGAAGCGUACGCGCGCGGUGAGGACGGGGCCGCGGUGGUGUCACCCGCAACCUCGCGCUCGGUCGCUUGGCCCGCAACACCGGCGUCGCAUGCCACCGCGCCCGUCCCAGCCACGGCGCCCAUCGCCGUGCCUCCGCAGUCGCCGCGCGCCAGAUCCCCACCGGACAUGCCGCCUUCUCUCUCCAUGGGCGUUGGCGUGGUUGGGGUGGGCGGCGCGGGAUGCUUGGACACCGCACCUGCUGCGCUGGAGACCGUGCCCACCUCACCGGUGCCGGUGAUGCGGGGCUUGCGGCUGGAGGAUGGCCUGGUGUCCGACCCCUUGAUGUUGAUCGACGGCCUGGGGCCGCUGUCGUACGUGACCAGCGGAGCAUAUGCCGCCGUGUACAAGGGCACCUGGGAGGGUGUCCCCGUGGGCAUCAAGUUCCUGGCCAGCACCUCCCUGGACCUCAACGCGCCCGCUGUCAAGGAAGCCCUGCUGGGCCCGGGCCUAGAGCACCCCAACAUCAUCCGCACCUACACCACCCGUGUCGCUCGAAUCGACGACCGCGCGGUUGCCAGCCUCAAAGCCCUCUCCAGCGCCGCCGCCGCUGCAUCGGCAGCUGUGGCUCUGAGACGAUCCAGUAAAUCCGGACUCCAACGGUCGUCAGUUGGUGCAACCAACAUGGCGUCCACGGCGGCCUCUGGACGGCGGAAGAUGGGCGCCAUCGGGCCUUGGGCUGCUGCCGCAGGGGCUUCCUCUGCAGCACCAAGCGCCUCCACGUCCUCCUCCACCACGAUUCGCCGCGCCUCCAGUUCCCAAGUAGCGGCUGCUGCCGCCGGGGUUUCCUCCGCAGCGCAGAGCGCCUCCGCCUCUCCCACCACCAUGCACCCACGCACCUCCUGUCCCCAGAUCGCAGCCAUCCCUCUUUGCUCCCUGCUUGCUGCCACUGCCAGCUUGGGCAGCUCCGCAACACCCGCCAGCCCAGCCACCGCACCGCAGCUGCCGCUGUCCCCGCUGCAACCACGGCUCAUGGCGGAUUCGGCACCAUGCAACGCCGUCUUCCAGGCGGAGGAAGGGGAGGGUGGCGCCGCGCUGCGGAGCGCUGGCCUGGAUGCCACAAGCGUGUCAGACCUUGAUGCUGGACCGAGCACCAGCCCCCGGAAAGGUGCUGGCUGGGGAGGUAUGGCACCACCGCCCAUCGGCAUGCCGCGCUUCGCGUUCGUGCGCCGGUUUGCAUCAGCCCGAGAGGCGCCCGUGGGUCGCGUGGUACCAGUCACCGCAGGCGGCUCUCCUGCUGCCGCCGGCACUGCGCCGCCACCAACGCUACCGCCUCCACCGGCACCGGCUGCUGCUGCUGCUUCGGGGUCCGGCCCCCUGCCCGCUAUUUGCGAGCUGCAGCCGCGUGUAUCAGAUUCAGGCACCCUCCAACGUGCGGCGCCCGCCUUGCGGGGUAACAACAGUGGUCCAUUACCACAGCCGGUGAGGUCCCCGUCCUGGCAGCAGCAGCAGCAACAACAGCAGCAACAGCAGCAGCAGUCCGUUCGGGUGUUGCCGGGUGGCCCGGAGGCUGUUGCAGCCGGCCCCUCGCUCAUCAGGGGGCCGGGUGUGGCCCGCGGAGUAGCCGCAGAAAGGAUGUUGGAGGUCUUGCACACGUUGGGGGUCUUAGGACCCACGGGUCACGUGACCGCGCCGCAACACUACGUGACAGCUGUGGUGAUGGAGCUGGCAGAUGUGGGCAAUCUGGAUUCCUUCUCUCGCGCCGCCAAGCCCUGCUGCCUGCGGACCGCUGUGGGGCUGCUGCGCCAAGUGGCUCGCGGCAUGUCGUACCUGCAUGCGCACGGAUUGGUGCAUGGAGAUCUCAAGCCGGCCAAUGUGCUGCUGCUGCAGGAGCCGGGCUCUGGUAACCUGCUGGCAAAGGUCGCAGAUUUCGGCUUGUCAGGCCUGUCAGGUCAGAUGGGCACCAGCGGCGGCGCGGACACUUGCGGCACCAUCGCCUACAGCGCGCCUGAGCGGCUGGCGCAGGAGGGCAAUGCGGAGCAGCCGGCUGACGUGUACAGCUACGGCAUCUGCCUGCAGCAGCUUGUGUCCGGGGAGCGGCCCUUUGAGGACCUGCCAUACGCCCAAAUCAUGUUUGGCGUCCUCUGUCGCAAGAUGCGGCCGGAGUGGCCCACGGGUCGCUGCGACGCCUUGGAACCCUUGUACGGCGUGUGCUGUGAUGAGGAUGCCAGCAAACGACCGACUUUUGACGGCAUCAUUCGCUGGCUCGACUCGUUGCCGCUGGAUGCCAGCCCUGAAGACAGCACUUCUAGGCAGCCUGCCUAGGGGCCGCUGCUGGGGGUAACCCGCCCCCAGACAGUCAUUUGGUUGCUGGCAAUGCUCUACGUCAGUUGGGCUGGAUGGAAGGUUAGGAUGCCCCGUAACGUCCCGUAACGUAACGAAAGAAUGUCUUUGCGAACGGCUUGCCCGCACGAAUGGCUUCGUCAGGAUUUAUACAUGAGCCUGGUCCUUUCGUGAAGGCGUUGGGCCUUGGUGCAUCCAUGCAGCCGCUACAUCAUACCAUCGACGGGUUAUGCAAUACAUGGAACAUGCAUUGCUGCUGGCUUCACAAGUUCACACCACAAAAUUUUGCCAGGUUGGCUGCCGGCACGCAAUGCACCGUGCGCUAUGAGAGGGCAUCGUUACAUGCAUAUCCUCAUGGUGCUUAACGAGCAUGCUUGCUUCUCUAAUGCAUUCGUUUCUGGCGUGAUAGGCAGGGCUGGGGCCUAGAAUGCCUCAAGCGUGACCCCAUGUUUCCAAACAACCCCAGUUGUCGAGGGAAUGCGGUAUUCCUCCAUAGUGUUGUCGUUGCAUGCUUUCGGGAUUUGGCUGAGUUUGGCUUAGGCUCUUCCAUCGAUUUUAGACGCGACCACGAUGUUUCUUAGUUAUGUUUCCUUGCGAGUGAUUGACAUUAUUUGGUCCACGAACCCUCCGGCCGCCCAUGGCUGUGAUUGCUGGGUUCUGCUGUUGGUAGUCCAUUGCAGGCGCUUCGAAGACGGUUUAAAUGUUUUAUGAUAGCGUUGAAUGCCGUGUGGCCAGGAGGUACGGUAGCUCCUUAAUAGAGGGUCAUCCGCCUCACGGCUGGCUUUAUGCGUCGGGAUAACGGUCCGCUGUGUCUUGUGAAAGAGAGUAGCUGGAGGAUUCACAAAGUGGGAGAGAAAGAGAGAAAGAGGGAGGGUGCGCGGUUGAGCGAAAGAACUGCAGGAAGAGGGCAAGGAAGGAGCGGAGAAGAAGAAGCAGGGCAGGAAGCAGAGGCCACCUCUUUAGUGUUUCUUGUUAGCAUUGAGUUGCUUUGGUCAUUUGCUGUCUGGCGCCAUCUGCGUCCGUCUCCGAGUUGCAUUAUUGCAGAAUUCUGGGCUGUCGUCGUUGCCUGCUGGCUCUCAUGCAUUGCCGCGGUGACAGACGGGAAAAAACGAACUUCCACGCAGACGUGUUUUGUGGAUUACGCGAGUGCCGCUGCGCUUUUACUUAUCGCUUUGUGAGAGACAGGUGGAAGGCAAGUAGAGCACGGCAGGGUGACGAAGCCACCAUGGAAAGGUGUCCAGGCCGCCACUGGGUUGAUGCAUGUUGUUGAUGCCUUGAUGCAGCUCGAGCGGUCCACGUGGGGCUGCACUCGGUCGGCUCUUCCCGGGGUGCUACCAAGAUGGCACUGCAUGGACAUGUGAUGCACGUUUGCAGCUGCUGGCGAUUGGAGGGGCUUGGCUUUACAUGAGCAGUGAAGUGGCGUCAUAUGAGCGCGUUGUUACCGUUAGGAGAGAUAGGGUCAAGGGCGAGGGUCCGUAGUGUCGUCCAGGCUGCUGCUGCUGCUGCUGGUCGUGGCGAUUGCCUAGCCGCAGGUGGUGUUGGAGUGAUUAUGUUGGUUUUGCGUGUAGUUCAUAAUAAGUUAAUAAUAUGUACGUUGUUGGUGGUUGUGUACUUGUGUGCGUAUGCGGGUGUGGAGUCCGGUAUUGACAUUAGCCAUUCAUUGGUUGUGAUGUCACCGCUGGUCUUACUUCUGGUUUUGGUUUGUUUGAGAGCCUCUUCCGUUCCUAGGUGAGGAAUUUAUGGGCUGCUUGGCGUCUUGGCGCGCAUUACAAUGCCCCGAAGCAUCUCUUGGUCGUUAUCUGGGUAUUCCGCGCAUGCGAAGUCUGCUUGGAUGUGACUGCCUUGCAGCAAUUGCCACGUGGCCUCAUCUGACGGAGGUGGUGGGGCAUACAUAUUUGUCAUGUGUACGGCAAAUAGCGUACAACAUGCGUUGUGGGUAAUAGUAACAAUAAUAUGUAUUCAGAAUAUAAUAAUAGGAUAUAAUAAGCUGUCGUUGGAACAAUAAUACCAUUGCGUCCUGACUUCUGGGUUGUACAUUCUGCUGUUUUUGGCAUGUUCGCAGCUUGCUCGGGUUCUGGGCAUGGGUUCCACGGGUUCUGGGCAUUUGCUGUGGUUGUUUCAUAAUCCUUGUUGUUUGCUUGUUCGAGUGCUUUGGCUUGUUUGCCACCUGGCUCCGCUUUGCUUGAUCGGCCGCUGGUUGUGAUUAGUUGACCAUUUUUGUGGGGGGUACAUGUGAGAGCGCUAGCCGGCGCGGUAGUGUUGGCCGCUUUUUACCGCAUGCUUCUUUCGUGUUGACCUAUUCUGGCGCCAAAUUGCCGGCGCUUCCUCCUUCCAACCUUUUCCCAUUGACACCGAUUGCAGAGAGAGGUGGUUUGCGGUUGUUGGUAGUUGGAGGGGUGGGGUAUGAGGAGACAGAGUGGCAGCGGUGAUUGGAGGGGAGCGCUAUUUACGGGUAACUUGAUUGCUGUACUCGUCUUGCCAAGACUCGACGGUAGGCCUGUGACUUGGCAAAGCCUGUGAAGGCGUGCCGGGUUCCAUUAGUAGUAUGCUUGUAGGUUUUUUUCGUUGCAAGGCGACCGCCGUAUGUUGUGCUUGCCGCGUUGCGUGCAGCUGGUUGCAAACACAACGCAAAGCGCCGUACAGCGGACGACAACACAGUUGCUGUUCAGGAUGCUUUACGGAGUUUCCUAUGACGCUGGCUGGGGCGUUUGCAAUGUGGCAGCAGUGUAGGUUUUUCAGGAACGCAUUUUUGUACUGCGCCAUAGUAUUUACUGCCACCGCAUGCUUUAGAAAUACAUGCUGUGUUCUCGCUGAAGUAGUAGUUAUAUAAUAAUUAAUAUCACCGUGACCUAUGAAGUACGACAACUUCAUGACACAUGUGGACCUGUAAUGUAAUAUGUAAAAUGACAUGCC